GCGCAGGGCCGGGGAGGCGGCGGCGGCGGCAGCGCUGAUUGCCGGAGCGGGCGGCGGCGCCAUGGCGGGGCCCCCGCAGGAGAACACGCUGCUGCACCUGUUCGCGGGGGGAUGCGGGGGUACGGUUGGUGCCAUUUUUACUUGUCCCUUGGAAGUAAUAAAGACCAGGCUCCAGUCUUCAAAGCUUGCCUUCCGGGCUGUCUACUACCCUCAAGUCCAGUUGGGGACCAUCAGCGGAGAUGGAGUGGUCAGGCCAACAUCCGUAUCACCUGGACUUUUCCAGGUUCUCAAGUCAAUUCUGGAAAAAGAAGGACCAAGGUCACUUUUCCGAGGAUUGGGUCCAAACUUGGUUGGAGUUGCACCAUCAAGGGCUAUCUACUUUGCAUGCUACUCCAAAGCCAAGGAGCGAUUCAAUGGCAUUUUGGUGCCCAACAGCAACAUUGUGCACAUUUGCUCAGCAGGCUCUGCAGCUUUUGUCACAAAUACCAUGAUGAACCCUAUAUGGAUGGUAAAGACCAGAAUGCAGCUGGAACGGAAAGUCAGGGGUUCCAAGCCCACGAAUGCUCUGCAGUGUGCUAGAUACGUUUACCGGACAGAAGGCAUCCGUGGCUUUUACAGAGGCCUCACUGCCUCCUAUGCUGGUAUUUCCGAAACCAUUAUCUGCUUUGCUAUUUAUGAAAGCUUAAAGAAGCGUCUGAAGAAUGCCCAGCUACCUCCUUCUGCUAAUGGGACUGAGAGGAGCUCCACAAACUUUUUUGGACUGAUGUUUGCUGCUGCAGUUUCUAAGGGCAGUGCCUCGUGUAUUGCUUAUCCACAUGAGGUCAUACGGACACGGCUGCGAGAGGAAGGCACAAAAUACAAGACUUUCUUUCAGACGGCCCGUCUGGUAGCACGUGAGGAAGGCUACCUUGCCUUCUACAGAGGACUUUUUGCCCAGCUCAUCAGGCAGAUACCAAACACAGCCAUUGUGUUGUCCACCUAUGAGUUAAUUGUGUACUUGUUAGAAGACCGUGAUGAGUAGCAGGCCAAGAAGCAUUGUCUAGAAAGUAAACACUGACAGACUGUGCAGAGGAAUUUUUCAUUGAACAAAUAGCUAUUUAAGAGACUGAUGCAGAUGUUGGUGAUGGAGAAAAGAAACGAGUUCUUGUUCACCUGCUGGACAUUUUCCUUUUGGAUUCAUGCUUUCUGGAAGGUUUUGACUCAUUAACGUUAAUAGUUAAUUAUAACUUUUUUUUUUAACUUAAAACAUGAUUCAGAAUUUAAACAGCUACUAAAUUAAAUCACACUAUUUAAUUUACUUAUAUGUUUGUCCUUAAUUUAAUUAUAUGUUUGUCCUUGUCUUUAAGUACAGCCAUAUGUGAAUUAAGGAAUGUACCUAUACUAUCAAGAUAUCUGUUGGACUUAUGUUAAUUAAAACUGUAUUAAAGCAGAAGAACUAAUUUGGACUCUGAAA